AUGAGUGCAACAGCCCGCAUGGGAGGCCAGCUGAUCCUUGAAGAGGAAUACGAUGAGAAUUAUACACCUUCUGAACAAGAGAUUCAAGAGUAUGCAAGAGAGAUAGGCAUUGAUCCUGGCAGUGAGCCGGAGCUCCUGUGGCUGGCCAGAGAAGGCGUCGUUGCACCAUUGCCUCCAGAGUGGAAGCCUUGUCAGGACAUGACAGGGGAAAUCGACUAUUUCAACUUGUCUUCAGGCCAAUCCACCUGGGACCACCCCUGCGAUAAGCACUACCGCCUCCUGGUGGCCCAGGAGCGUGAGCGCACCCAGCUCACUGCAGCUACAGGAGGCAUGGGGGCAAAGAAGGACAUGAAGAAAAAGAAAGAGGAGAAGGAGAAAAAAGAGAAAAAGAGUGUUUUAGGCAGCAGGCAGAAGGAGAGGGUCUCCCUUACUCUGCCCGAUUUUGAUGAUGACGAUGACAAUAACGACGAUAAACUCUCCGAAAAUGAGCUGAGUCCUCGCGGUACAGACAGGCUGUUGAAAAAUAUUCACCUGGACCAGGAUGCCCUGGGAGGAGGCCUUCAUUAUGAGGAGUCUGAGACGGAUAAAAACGUUGAGGAGGAUUCAUCCUCCAUUGAUGUCAAGCUUAUGGAUAUCGUGGACUUGUCUGGCGCUGUCAGUCCACUGGAAAAAGAUGAGAGUCAGGGAACUAAAGAACUUGAGGAGGGGGCAGAGACGAAGAUUUCAGAAGCUGCCAACAGGUUUAUGCUGGCUAAAGAUGGAGGAAGCUCUUUAGCCCAUAAAGUUGACCGACUCGUCCUCCACCAGUCCAGCCCUUCCAGCUCCUUCUCCAGCCCCUCCAACUCAGAGCGAAGUGGAGUGGAGCUAAGUCCCAAAGCCUCUCUGGGGCUCCAGAGGCCUGGAACCGCUAGAGGUCGGACAAUCCGCACUUCCAACACCAAACCUGGAAAUGCUGAAACCCCGUUAAAAACCCUUGACAUACCACUGGAUGAAAAGCCAAGCUUGAGAAUCAGGAAAGACAGAGAGAAUAAAGAGAGAGAGGAAGACGAUGAUAAGGAGAGUGAGUGGGAGGAGAGUCUUAGAGAACAAAAAGAGAAGGAGGGGGAGAGGAGGAAGGCUGAUCAGGAGGUAGAGGAGGAGAAAAAACAGUUGAUGGGGGAGAAAGAGAAGAGGAUGUGUCUCCUCCAGGAGGAGCUGCGUAGGGAGGAGGAGGAGGAGGAGAGGAUUCUGAAGGAGGAGAGUGAGGAAAGACUGAGGGCUCUGCGGCAGCGUCUCCUGUUAAAGAGGAGAGAGGAGGAGGCCAGGCUCACUGAGGAGUCUGACAGGAUGCUGGAGGAAACCAGAGAGUCUAUCCAGAGGGAAAGAGAGACGCACAAGCACAAGCUCAGGGAGGAGAGCGAAGCCAUCCUGAAAGAUUUGCUAAAAACUCUAGAGGAAGAGCGAGCAGCGGAGCGAGACAGGCUGGAAGCCCAGAAGAGGCAGGAUGUUGAACUCCUUAAGGCUGAGCAGGGAGAGGAGCUGGAAGCAGAGAAGAGGAGACUCCAAGGACAGCAAGAGGAGAAACUGAACUCUCUCAAACAGGAGGUCAAAAGCACAGAUAUGGGCAAGGAGCUGUUGAUGAGUACACGAUCUGAACAGCACCUGACCGACUACCAACGAGAUCUCACUGGCCUGCUCCAGGAAGUGGAGGAGGAAGAGCAGCGGGAUCACGAGAGGAAGCUGGAGAAGCUGAGGGAAGACCACAAGAGAGAAAUGAACAACAUCAGAGAGAAAUACCUGGAUGAGGAGACCAUACAGAGAGAGUGCUUGCUGUCCACUCUGCAGGACGACAGAGGGCACCUCCAGGCCUCCCACGCUGUCCAGCUGGAGAAACUGAGGCUUCAGCUCAACACUCAGAUACAAAAGACGCUGCUCACACACUCACGCAAGGAGUCCGAAAUGCAGGAUCUGGCAGAUCAGUUGGAGCUGAAAGUCAAAGAGCUGAAGAGCCAGGAGAGCAUGCUGCAGAUCAAGGUAGUAGAUCUGAAGAGAAGGAGGAAGAGGCUCAUAGACGAAGGAGAGGAGGUGGACACAGAGAUAGAAGCCUUACCCCGGCUGAACCAGGAGAGAGACCAGCUAAAGGACGAGCUGGAGAGGAUGAGAGAGGAGAAACAUCAAGCCCGAGAACUCAUCCAGAGAGUCAGGGAGGAGCGGAGCGAGGCAAUCAAGGAAAAGGAGAGGCUGAGAGGGGAGAGGGACAAAGCCAGAGACGAGAGCAGGAGAGUGAACAAGGACAUGCACACCCUGGGCCACAGCUCCCUAGCCCCACCUCCCCCCUGA